UUCCCAUUCGGAGCUGGCCAUCUUUACACCGGAGCCUCUGAGGAAGGUGAAUCAAGUGUGGCUAAAAAUGGCUCAGCAAACGGAAGACGUGGCUUGUAAAAGUGGAAAGAAAACCGAAACAUUCAGCUUUGGUCCAUGGACAAUAACAAGUGUGAAAGCGCAUAUAUCAAAGACAGAUGUAGUAACCAAACAUGAAGAGGAAUUAGACCUCCCUCAGCUACCAGAGAUGACAUUUGGAGAUAAUGUCCUUCGCAUCCAUCAUUCCGGCGGGUUUGGGAUAGAGUUCAACACAAUUGAUGCUCUCAGACUGGUAGAUAACAAGCAUGAUACAAUGAAAGUAGCAGCCGCUGAUACAUGGCAGGAAGCAAGGAGUGAUUGUGAGUUUAUCUCCAAGGUGAUAAAGCCAUUUGAUUGGACAUACACAACAGAUUACAAGGGUACCAUCGUGAAUUCAAACGGAAACCAUUGCAAGAUCAGUGAAACAGACGAAAGGAUAGAUAUUGAGAAGCUGAAAGUGAGAGAAAAGAUCUUCUUCUUUGAGGACAUGCCACUCUUUGAAGAUGAACUAGCAGAUAACGGCUGUGCCAUCCUUACUGUGAAAAUGAGAGUGAUGCAAUCCAGUUUCUUCCUCCUGAUGAGAUUCUUUUUAAGAGUAGAUGGAGUUCUAGUCCGCAUCAAUGAUACGAGAUGCUAUCAUGAGGCUGGCACGAAUUACGUCCUGCGCGAGUAUAGCAGUAAGGAGAAGUCUGUCCAGGCUCUGGGUCUCGAACCACAUGAACUGCAGGAUCCAAUCAAACUUAACGAAAUGUUGGACACGGUCUCACAGACUUUUGAAAAACUGGAGUUUGAGACAGACUCAGAACAAGCGAUGUCAUGAUAGGACCUUGUGUAUAUUUACUUUCAUGGUGAAGCUGUCCUCCUACAUGUGGACACUUUGAUGGAACAAGUUCAGUCGUUCUUGUACAUCCGUGAGUGAAUAGUGACAAAGGCCAGCUAGAGAAAUUUUGGAUUUAAAACUCAGAGAAUCGACUUCAGUGUAAAGUUUGCUUGAUUUCAGUACAGUAUACAUGCAUCCAUCAAUUCUGAAGCCAUUGUCUUCAUUCCUUUGGAGAAGUGGUACACCAAUUCAAAUUUACAUGUAGAAGGACUUUUGGAAUCACAUGAUUUUAAGUGUAAGAAGGUGAAAGAAUUCAGACUUUGUACAGGGCCAUCAGGCAACUUGUCAGAAGUCUGUGCUGUGUCUCUUAGCAGGGAUCCCGUUACAAAGGAACCAUGCAUCUUUUCAGAUCGGCUUUCCUGCAUUCCCAUUAUCUUGUCUAUGAUGAAAUAUGAAGAUUGGCUGAGGGAAGGAUGUGUCUCUUACUUUUGACAAGGUACCUUUCAUUAAAUGUUGCUUGUUACUGUACAUGUAGAAAUACAGUGUGCAACAAAGUUGAAUUCAAACCAUGGUUGCGUUACUUCAAGCAACAUCAAAGAUUUUUUUUCAGAAUGCACACUCAACACACACACAGGGUGCAUUUCGAAAGGCCAAUCGGCAGAAUCACAGCCGUUGAAAAAUCACUUGAGCACAUUGGAGUUCAUGAUCAUGAUUGUAUGGCGAUGGACCUGCAUUGCUGUGCACACCAAGUUGA